GCCUAUAUAAACCCGCACACAAUCACAGCUUCAUCACACAAACAACCCGAGCUUCAUCCUCCGGACUGAUAUUUCCACUAAAUACAGCAAACAGCGCUUUCACCUGCACUUUAUUUUAAAAAUGGGCGUAUACUUCUCUAACCUUUUCUCGCGUCUCUUUGAGAAAAAAGAGAUGAGGUUGCUUAUGGUUGGUCUGGACGCAGCAGGCAAAACAACAGUCCUCUACAAACUCAAACUCGGGGAAGUUGUCACAACUAUUCCAACCCUAGGUUUUAAUGUUGAAACAGUUGAAUAUAAUAACAUCUCAUUCACCGUUUGGGACGUCGGCGGUCAGGACGUUAUCAGACGCCUCUGGAGACAUUACUAUCACAACACUAAGGGCCUGAUCUUUGUGGUGGACAGCAGUGAUCAUGACCGGAUUGAAACAGCAGCAGAGGAACUAAACGCGAUGCUGGCGGAGGACGAGAUGAGAGACGCAGUUCUGUUAGUUCUUGCUAACAAGCAGGAUUUACCCAAAGCCAUGGCGGUCCACGAGCUGACAGACAGACUGGGUUUACACGCACUGAGAGGAAGACAGUGGUUUGUUCAGGCCACAUGUGCGGUUCAAGGAUCAGGUUUAUAUGAAGGACUGGAUUGGCUCUCGGAUCAACUGUCCAAACGAUAACGAUCACACUACUUGAAGAAAAGACGCUAAAUCUGAACUGAAUGUAUAUAUUAUGUCUCCAGCUUUAUUUUGAAAUAUGUAUGGAAUAUAUAUAUAUAUUGUUACACAUCUUAACAUAUAAUUCUAGCUCAGAGCUUCCUGUAUAGUUAAUUUUACCACUAAUUAUAUUUUUUUAAAUCAUUGUUGGCCUGUUUUUGGUUCUAAUGUACAUGCC